UCAAGGCUCAGACUGAUGGCUUCCACGGAGGAAACAAGCAAUUCAUCAGCUACAGUCAGAACUAAUGAAACGUGCUUCUUGGAUGAACAAUUCCUCACAAGAUUGAUGCCUCCAGCACUUACAAUCUUCUUCAUUUUAGCUGUAAGCUUUAACAGUCUAGUGCUAUGGAUAUUCUGUUCACAAGUGAAGAAAAAGGCCCCAAUUGAUAUUUUGAUGUUAAAUCUGUGUCUGGGUGAUCUGUUUUUCUCAUUCACCUAUCCGCUUGUAAUCAGUUACCACAGCAACAACAACCACUGGAUAUUUGGAGAAUUUAUGUGCAAACUCCAAACCUUCUUCAUCUAUUUCUUCUUGAUGGCAAGUAUCUUCUUCCUGACGUGCAUCAGUAAUUAUCGAUGUUACAUGGUCCUCAAACCCAUUCAGUCCAAAAACAGGAUUACAAAGAAAUGUACCAUUGCCCUUUCUAUCUUCUUCUGGUUGUUAGCUGGCUUUGUUACAUCCCCGGCUUUUUCUCGGACCACUGCCUUUGAAAUGAAUGGAAGAUUAUGUUGUAUGAGCUUUAAUCAGCCACUUAAGAAGGAAGUAAUACAAUCUUCCACAGUUAAGUUAUUUAUUUUGUCCUUUGGAAUUCCAUUUGUUUCCUUGCUGGUGUCAACUUUACUUGUUCAAAGGAAACUGGCCAAUUUAACAUUAGCUGCACAUUCACAAAAAAACCAAUAUGCUAUCCGGAUGAUGAUAGUCAUAUUGUGCAUCUUUGUAAUAUGCUUUCUUCCUGUAAAUGUAGCACGCUUAGUUAUUUCCACUGUGGGUGUUAAGAACUGCACACUUUUCCAACAACUUGGAGUAGCUUACUACUGCUGUGUUCUUGCCAUUUAUUCCAAUACUGUCCUGGAUCCUAUUGUGUACUUCUACGCCAGCACCAAAUAUCGGACAAUGCUCAUUAACACCAUUAAAGGCAUGGGCUUUUGUAACAAGCUGCCUACAGUAGCCAGCAACUCCGCAUCCGCCAGCGAGUCAAGAGUGUGACAAUUGAUGUAAGGAGCCAAUGAUUUACUCUCAGUGGCCACUUGCUUUAUCAUGCAUCUUCUGUACCUAAUAAAGUGGCCACUGUGUAUAUAUUCAUGGUCUGCUGCUGCCCAUUCACUUCAAGAUUCAACGUGUUCUGCGUUCAGUGAUGCACUUCUGCACACUACAGUUGGAAGCAUGAUUAUCUGAGUGACUGUCGUCUUCCUGUCAGUUUGAACCAGUCUGGCCAAUCCCUUGAGGCGUUUCUGCCCACAGAACUGCUGCUCACUGGAAGUUUUCUGUUUCUCACACCAUUUUCUAUAUACUCCAGAGGCUGUUGUGUGUGAAAAUCUCAGGAGACCAGCAGUUUCUCAGAUUUGUAAACCACCCCAUCCGGCACCAACAAUCAUUCCACAGUCAAAGUCAUUUAGAUCAAAUUUCCCCUUUCUGAUGUUUCAUCUGAACAACUGAACCUCUUGACCAUGCUUUUAUGCAGUGCAUUGCUGCACAUAAUUGGCUGAUUAGUUAUUUGCAUUAAUAAGCAGGUGUACAGGUGAACUAAUAAAGUGGCCAUGAAGUGUAGGACGUACUGACACAAGCCUAACUUUAUUUCAAAUGAAUGCAAUCUUCGCAGUAAUAUCAGAGCUUUAUCUCAUCUUUGCACUUCAAGACAAAUGUCAAACUUAGACUAAGUGAGCUGUUCCAGCAGUUCAAGCCACCAUUACCACUACAUGGAACUAGUCUAGUAUUAUUCUUUAACAUACUCCAAAACAGAUUAACUGGCCAUUCUUUUUUAAAAUUUCCUGUGUGUAAAUGCUUGCUGUGAUACCAAUAGGCAGGUGUUUUCAGCCAAGUUCAAAAGUGAGUGAUUAUGAUAUGCUUCACUGAAAACUUGAAAAUGGGCAUCUAAGAUACUUCUAGAUUCUUGGCAAUAAUUGUUUUGUUUGUAAUUCCCCAUAUCUAUACAAAUAAAGCUACUCCCAUGAG